UACUUCUCCCAUGGCACCAGCAGUGAGGCCCCCACGGCCCCUGCUGGGGGGGCCCCUGGGGCCCCUGCUGCUGCUGCUGCUGCUGCUGCUGCUGCUCUGCGGCCCCCAGCGGGCCGGCGCAGCCUCCAAGGAGCUGGUGUGCGAGCCCAUCACCGUGCCCAUGUGCAAGAGCAUCGGCUACAACCUGACCUACAUGCCCAACCAGUUCAACCACGACACGCAGGAGGAGGUGGGGCUGGAGGUGCACCAGUUCUGGCCCCUGGUGCGCAUCCGCUGCUCCCCGGACCUGCUCUUCUUCCUGUGCAGCAUGUACACGCCGCUGUGCCUGCCGGACUACCGCAAGCCCAUCCCGCCGUGCCGCUCGGUGUGCGAGCGGGCCAAGCGCGGCUGCUCCCCCCUCAUGAGCCAGUACGGCUUCGAGUGGCCGGAGCGGAUGAGCUGCGAGCGGCUGCCCCAGGCGGGCGACGAGCAGGUGUGCAUGGACCAGAACAGCAGCGAGACCACCACCCUGGCCCCGCCCUUCCCCAAGUCCACCCCCAGGGUCCGGAGCCGGCCCCCCAGCGCCCCGCAGUGCGACGGGGAGUGCCGCUGCCGGGAGCCCCUGGUCCCCAUCCGGCGGGAGUCCCAGGCCCUGUACGGCCGGGUCAGCACCGGCCCGCUGCCCAACUGCGCCCAGCCCUGCCACCUGGCCUACUUCUCCCCCGAGGAGCGGGCCUUCACCAGCUUCUGGGUGGGGCUGUGGUCGCUGCUGUGCUUCGCCUCCACCCUCACCACCGUGGCCACCUUCCUCAUCGACAUGGAGCGCUUCAAGUACCCGGAGAGGCCCAUCAUCUUCCUGGCCGCCUGCUACCUGUUCGUGUCGCUGGGCUACAUCAUCCGGCUGGUGGCGGGCCACGAGCGGGUGGCGUGCGGCGCCGCCCCCGGCGGUGGAGCCACUAACGGCGGCCAGCUGCACGUCCUCUACGACGCCACCGGCCCCGCACUCUGCACCCUGGUCUUCCUGCUCAUCUACUUCUUCGGCAUGGCCAGCUCCAUCUGGUGGGUGGUGCUGUCCUUCACCUGGUUCCUGGCGGCGGGGAUGAAGUGGGGCAGCGAGGCCAUCGCCGGAUACUCGCAGUACUUCCACCUGGCCGCCUGGCUGCUGCCCAGCGUCAAGUCCAUCGUGGUGCUGGCGCUCAGCUCGGUGGACGGCGACCCGGUGGCCGGGAUCUGCUACGUGGGGAACCAGAGCCUGGAGAACCUGCGGGGGUUCGUGUUGGCGCCCCUGGUGGUCUACCUCUUCACCGGCUCCCUGUUCCUGCUGGCCGGGUUCGUGUCCCUGUUCCGCAUCCGCAGCAUCAUCAAGCAGGGCGGCACCAAGACGGACAAGCUGGAGCGGCUGAUGAUCCGCAUCGGGCUGUUCACCGUGCUGUACACGGUGCCGGCCACCGUGGUGGUGGCCUGCCUGGUGUACGAGCAGCACCGCCGGCCCGGCUGGGAGCGGGCGCUGGCCUGCUCCUGCCCGGCCGAGCGCCAGGGCCAGCGCGGCCAGGGCCCGGACUACGCCGUCUUCAUGCUCAAGUACUUCAUGUACCUGGUGGUGGGCAUCACGUCCGGGGUCUGGAUCUGGUCCGGGAAGACCGUGGAGUCCUGGAGGAGUUUUGUGGCGCGGUGCUGCCCCUGCUGGCCGCACAAGGCCGCCGCGCCGCCCUCCAUGUACAGCGAGGCCAGCACGGCGCUGACGGGACACACGGGGACCGGCCUGACGUCAGGGAUGUAUCACAAAGCUCCUCCGUCACACAUAUGAGCCCGCUGGGACAGAAACUCUGCAUGCUGCCCUGAAGAGCUCCAACAAAAACCACCACCAUGAACAUAAUGGAUUAAAAUAUUCCGAUCAUGAAAGGGAAUUGCAAAUAAAAUCAGAAUGUCAUGUUUACGGCUAGAUGAGCAGAACUGCAGCUCCAUCAGACCUGAUUAUCUGGGUACGUAACGGAUCCCUCCAGCCAAUCUGAGCACUGAGAGAGAAAAAUCCUAUUUAUUGAUGUAUAUAGUGUUCAUGUUUGUUGUAAAGAAACUGCUGUGUUUAAUUUGUAAAAACCACCGGUAAGUGGAAGACACCAGGGACACGAGUCCUGUCCGCCUGUUUGAGUCGUCUGUGUUGUGUAGAAAACUCUGAAGUUUUGCUCUCAUUUUGGACGUUGGUUCCUUCAGUGUUGACGAUGCCUUGGACCUGAGCGUGCAGCUCUGUGACGGGGCAGAGUGAGUCUUUACCCCCCUCUGCUGGCCCACGCUGGGACCGUCUCCACCGCGGGGACAUGACCACGGAUCUGACACGCUGUCCAACCUCUGGGCCAGCAGAGAAAAACACGGCUGGAAGAUUCUCUUUUUAACUCUGUGAUAGAAGUUGUGGUUUCCUGCCAAGAACUUGUGGAGCUCUGCUGAUGUCACCACACUUUCAGCUUCAACAGUUAUCUGCUUAAUUUAUAUACUUAAAACCAGUACUCGAGUUGAGGGGGGAUGAGGGGGGAUGAGGGUGAUGGCAUCCUCCCCUGAAAUAAAAACGGUCCAAAUCAUCCCCCCUGUAAAACUGUCAUCCCUCCUUUCCAUCCCUUAUGUCAUUUCAUCAAUGAAUGUGGUUUUACUGCUAUUUCAACAUUUAGAGUCAUCACCAGAAAAAUAACUUAUUUGACAAUUUUCACCUGUUUCAAGUAAAUUUUCACUUGAAAUAAGUAGGAAAAUCUGUCAGUGGAACAAGAUUUAUCUUC